AGGAUUUUGGAACACUUCAGUCACACUGUGUGAUGGCACAGUCAUGUAAAGUGAGGAUCUGCGGCUUUUGUUGUUCUCUGGUCGGGAAUUGUUUAUUUUGUGUGUUUGUCCAAGUGCUAUUCUUAGCACACUUGAUGGAUUUACAACAAGUGUUGAUCAAAAGUGUUGUUCUGGGGGUUGGUCUUUUUUUUAGUAUUUUUAUUUUUGUUGUCGUUCCAAAAGACCGCUCCCAAAACCUUUUUUGGGUUUAGAGUCUUACGGCCCAAUCUUGUUAUUCAAGCAAAACACUUUUGCAAGCACUUGUUGAUUGUUAUUUUGCAAGUUGUUUUGGUCUUGUUUUUAGUCUCUAGCUUUUUGUUAUUUUUUUUUUUUAUUAUUACGAACGUUGGGUUUCCCCGUUUUGCGGUUUGUGAGUAGGGUUGUUAUUCCGCUUUCUGCCCCGUUGUCGUAUGUGUGUUGUGUAUUGAUUUUUUACUCGCUACGACACACAAAAAAAAACACACUCUAGGUAGACACCAUUUUUUGGAAGAAACGGAUCACCAUCGGGAAAACCCAAAACAACAAGAGACAACAUAUCGUCUUUAUCGGUUUUCUCUUCAACUUUUGUGUGUGUGUGUGUGUUGUGUGUUGUGUGUGUCUGUUGACGGAGAAUAAAGGAUGCGAACCGCCGGCGGUGUUGACAUGGCCAUGGACGCUUCACAUGCACAGCAAACACAACAAGCGUCCUUUAAUGACUCGGAGGAUGAGAAUGUAGACUAUCUGGUUAACAAGGACCUCCCACCGGAUCCUUUGGAACAUCGGCGGCAAAAGAGUGAUUCAACGCCAACGCCCAAGGAUAGUUUGGAUAGGGGGACACUCAAUGUGUGGAGACGCAAGGCGGGAUCGUCAAAGCAGAGUUUGGAUCGGUUUCGCGGUGCCCAGUAUGAUUCCAAAGAGUCGUUGGCGAGUCCGCCUCCUCAGCGAACGGUGCGGGACCCACUCAUCGCCUUUGACUUUGAAAAACUCUUGCUAUCGAACGAAACAAAGAAAAUGACAUCCACACCGGAUCAGAUGAAAAACAUUGAAGUCCGCAAAGGACAACAGCCCAAACUCGAAGCAAAGUCCGCCGUUGCGGAAAGCGAUGCUGCACUGUUAAAGUUUUUCCGCAAGGAAGUUGAGGAAGCGCUUGAGAAAUCUACUGAUGGAGCGACCGCGGCUCCGAGUACCUCUAGUAGUGUCAAGGAAUCCCAUUGGGUCGAGUUUUUAAAGUAUACUGGUCCAGAUGAUGCAUUUACCACCAUACGACAGAAACAAGCCAAAUCCCGCCCUGGUUUACCCCAACAACAACAGCAACAAGCAAAACUCUCAUCACAACCAGGACAAACCGCCAAAGCAACCCAAUCCCACCUCGAUCCAACAUCUAUCCGCUUCCCACCCAGUCCACCACGGUCGACACGUUCCUCUAAUGAUACCUACCCCCGCGGCAGUUUCUCUGACCUCCGCAUGCGCGACGUGGGUCUAAACACCAUCACAGAAGGCGCAUUGGGCACCUCACCUAUCCGAGCACGAGCCCUGUCGAUCCCGAGUGUCCCAUCUAGUCCCAAUGCAUCCAACCAUUUCGUCAAAUCCCGGUCAACAAGCCAAAUUUCCAAAGAAUCUUUUGGAAUCGACUUUGAUUCUUUUAUUACCGAUCCUCGUGCCCCACUCUCUGAAAUGAAUCUUGACUUGGAUAAAGAUGCCCUGGUUGAGAAAGAGGAGUCAACUCCUUUGCGCAUGCGGAGAGAGGAAACGCUCUCGACAUUGGCGACACCUCGUUUACCCGCACCUGCAUUGGAUUUAACGGAUUCAGAAGAUGAUGAGUUGGAGAUGUUGUAUGCGCCGAAAAAGAAGGUGGAAACGGGACAAUCCCUUGCAGAGUUUUUGAGAGACAAUGAACCUCCACCCCAACCCCUCCGAACGGCUACACUCCCCCUACCCGAGAAAAAGGACAAGAAGAAACGAAAAACGUCUGCACUGCGCUUGUUUUCUCUUGGAGGGAAAAAUAAGAGUGCGAGUAACCCCCAGAUUACCGCUACAGCAUCAUCUCCGACCACGUCCCCAGCAUCUACAACUAUUCUCGGUCGUCGGAUUUCAAACUCUGUUGCUGCGUUGCCAUCUGCAACUGGUUCAACCUCGUUGACGGUCCCCUCUCCCAAUGCUGCCAACAUAACAUCUGCACCUGUCACACCCAAAACACCUAAAUACACCAUGAUCCAAAUCCCAUAUGAAGCUACAGGAUCUCAUCCGACACUCGCAUCUCAGCCUCCCCUAGCCACAUCCUCUCAGUCCUCAUUGACAGCCACUGGUCGUGGAUCUGUAGCAACCACCGGCGGACGACCUAGAAUGCCUACCUCGUCCUCUGUCGUGACCAGCACAAGCACAGACGAUGAAGGCAUACCCCCCUUCCGUCGCGCCACGAGUCACCCUGGCGUAUGGGAAGGCUCUGCUGGGUCAAUCCCUCAAGACACGUUUAGACAGGAUGUAGACGAGGAUGUUCCCCCUGUUCCCAAAGUCCCCGCCAAAUACGCCGCGGAUACACCGCGUUCGCCCUCCUCUCUCAGUAUGAACCGGGCCCGGUCUGUCCAAAAGAAACAAACCGUCAUGGUUGAUCGAGCGGUUGAGACGGACAAGGAGGAGUCAUGUCAAGUCGGAACUAUGACAGAGAUUGAGGAUUUGGAGGAAGCAGUUGGAUUACGUGAAGAUGCGACGCUUGAAGACGUGCUAAAAGGCUUGGUGCUUUUGGAUCCGGCUUUUGAAGAGUUGAUUGAUAUGGGGUGGAUUCCUGAAGUCACUGCUGCGGCUGCUGUCCUCGCUAAACAAGCCGCUGAAACCCCCGAAUCCAUUCCAACCGAGAAUGAAUCGUCUUUGGUGGAAAAUGAUGCUGCUGAACCGGUUAUCCUCACCUCUCCACCUACCCCACCGUCCCCUCCCCCCUCGCCUUCCCCAUACACCACAAAAACCUGUCCACAAACCCGCGACCAAUCAAUUCAAACCAUCCAUGACGUCCUUGUCGCCGAAACCAUUUACAUAUCCUCAUCACCACCCUCUUCACCCUCUUCUGAUGCACCAUCACUCGACCCCCCUUCGACUGGUGCAUUCUGUCCAGCCUACGUAUGCCCCACCUGCGAAACCAGAGACAAAACCUCCAUUCACGCCAUGUGCGCUAGUAUUCUUGACGAUAUUGUGGAUGGGAUUACGGGACCUUGUGGUGUGGGGAUUCAAGUGGUGGAUCCGAGAAUUGAGGAACUGGAGCGGCGGUUGGAGGUUUUGGCGAGGAUUGCUUUUAGGGUUGUUAAGGGGUUGAGUGGGCGGGUUGGGUGUGUGCCAAAAGAGGAUUUGGGCAGUUUGGGGGCUUUACCGUCGCCUCCUGGGUCGGAUGAUGUAGUGGGUGUUGUAAUGUGAUGGGGGUUGGCGAAGUGGGAGGAGAGAGACGGAGCACACAAGUGGGUGGGAUUGAAAGGGUUGGGUUGCUUAAAGGUGUAAGGAGGGCUCUUGGUGUUUUUCCUUUUUUCUUUUUUUGGGUUGUUUCUUGUAGGGUGGAGGGUUGUUCGCUCUCAAGUCCUUUUUUGUUUCCUGCCACGUUUUUCGGUAGGAGGAAUGUAGCGAUUCUUUUUUUUUUUUU